CUGCAAAAGCGGCUUUAAGUGGCCCCACAAGGCACUCAUUUUGUGCUUGGCACCACAGCAUCACCACUUGUGAACUUUGGAACUGAGCAGACGACACGUCCAGCCCGCAAACAAUCUUCAAACCCCUUCGCACUUCCGCCUCGAAACCGCCCAUCAUGGCCAACCCACGUGUCGAAGAGCUUCCAGACGAGGAAAAGAAGGUCCAAGAGGUCGAGGAGGAGUCCUCUGACUCUGAUGAGGAGGGCGAGGCCAACAUCCCAGCAGGCGCUUCGGUUGCCGUGCACAGCAGAAACGAGAAGAAGGCCCGCAAGGCCAUUGCGAAGCUCGGAUUGAAGCACGUCGAGGGCAUCACCCGCGUGACUCUGCGCCGACCAAAGAACAUCCUCUUCGUCAUCAGCAACCCAGAUGUCUACAAGUCACCAAACAGCAACACCUGGAUCAUCUUCGGCGAGGCCAAGAUUGAGGACUUGAACUCCCAGGCUCAGGCUUCCGCUGCCCAGCAGCUCGCCAGCCAGGCCGCCAACGAGGCCGGUCACGACCACUCCGCUGACGGCGACAAGGGCAAGGCCGUUGAGGGCGGUGCUGACAAGAAGGCUGAGGAGGAAGAGGACGAUGGCGAGGAGGUUGACGACACUGGUCUCGAGGCCAAGGACAUCGAGCUCGUGAUGGCUCAGGCUAGCGUCAGCCGGAAGAAGGCUGUGAAGGCGCUCAAGGAGAAUGACAACGACAUUGUCAACAGUAUCAUGGCUCUAAGCAUAUAGCAAAAUUUCGCCUGAAUGCUGCUUGCAUGCAUGGUGUCGAAUGCCAGUGGCUGAGGGAGCUUGAGAGGUUGGCAAUUGUAUCUAUGAGCCACUCGUACUAGCUGACCGAGAGAAGCCGCAAAAGCGCUGUACUACUUCUUACUGAACAAGUCCUCGCGAUCGUUCAUUAUGGUUGCACGUUGUUCUUGUUCCCUUUCCAAGGCUGACCAAUAUAUUGUGU